CCGUCAUGCUGUGGCCACGAGAGCAGUUCCGCGUCGCGUACAAGCAGGUCGUCUCGGACGCGCUCGACUCGAACGCGGCCAGCGUCCUCCUCCUCGUCGCCCUCGAUGCAGACUCGAUCGCCGCUUCCGCCAUCCUCACCUCGGUGCUGCAGGCCGACAUGAUCGCCUACUCGCUCGUGCCCGUGGCCGGCAACGCGCAGCUCGCGGCCAUGGCCUUUGCCGCCGACAUCCGGUCGGUCUUCCUCAUCAACUGCGGCGCCAUGAUCGACGUCUACUCGACGAUGCAGCUCGGCGGCCGCAACAUCAAGGUCUACGUCAUCGACAGCCAUCGCCCGCUCCACUUGGCCAACGUCUACGACCGUCAUGGCACGGUGUUCCUCUUUGACGACGAAGCGCAGGCCGAAGACGACUUUCCCGAAGAUGGUCCUGACAUUGAAGCCAUCGAACAAGAUGACGAUGACGACGAAGAGGAAGACGAGGCAGCGUCCGACUCGGACAGCGAUGGCGAGGCCGAAGUCGCCGACGGACUUGUGCAGGACGCCACGAAGAAGCGCAAGCGCAGUGGCUCGGACGACUCGCUCGAUGGCGAAGCCGAAGUCCAUGUCGUUCCCGUCGGUGAAUCCAGUGCCAGUGCUCCCGACGCCAUCUCGUCCUCCAUGACGACCAAGGACGACGUCGACGACGGCAGCCUUGGCGACAGCGCCGACAAGGACGACGAUGACGACGAUAUGGACGAUAUCGCGUCCGGUCUCGAGACGGAAGAAGACGAGCCCGACGUUGAGAAGGUACCUGCGCCUCGACCGGGCCGUGGCGCGUCCAAGCACCAACGCCGGAUCGAGAUUCUUCAAUACUACCGCGGGUCGUACUACGGCGCGCCGGCGUCGACGCUCUUGUACGAGCUCGCGUCGCAAGUGAACCAGUCGACACCCGAUAAAGUCUGGUUUGCCAUUGUCGGUCUCACCAAGCAGUUUGUGGCGCAGCAAAUCGACGCGCACAACUACAACAUGCUGGUUCAAAAGUUCCAGGACGAAGUGCUCUCGCUCAACCAAGCAGUCGAUGACGUCACCGACGUCGACGGCACCGCCCUCCCGACCGUGCACGGCGGCACGAUUGCGUUCGAGGAAGAAUACCGCUUCCUCCUCUAUCGACACUGGUCGUUGUACAAGAGCAUGUUCUACUCCAACUAUGUCGCGGCCAAGCUCAAGACGUGGCAGCCGUCCGGAAAAGACGAGCUUGAAGUGUUCCUCGCACGCAUGGGCCUCUCCCUCAAAGAGUGCCAGCAAAGCUACACGUUCAUGUCCAUGGAGCUCAAGCAAAAGCUGCGCGAGAAGCUCCAGGAGAUUGCGCCCGAGUUUGAACUCGACGAGAUUCUCUACGGCUCGUUCCGGCGUCAAUUUGAAUUCAAGUACCAGUGGUGCGCGGCCGACAUUGUGCAUGGCCUCUCGGCGCUCCUCGAGGCGCCGCCGUACCUCAUCCAAAAGACCGUCGAGCACAAGGUGCCUGACGUUCUCGCGAUGGACGAGUCGGUGCCGUUUUGGCAGCACAGCUUUCACAUUGCGUCGCAAGCUCUGCCCUGCAAGAGCAAGCGCAGCUGUACGCUGUUAGAGCAAGGUAUCAAGCUGGCCAUGACCAUGCAAAAGGCGAUCGUGUCCAUGGGCAUCUCGAUCCUUGACCGCAAGCUCAUCGUGCGCAUCAAGCACUUUCGCUACGUCUGCCUCCGGCUCAGCGAGGACGACGAAGCCAUGUUCUCGCACCCGUCGACGCUCUCCAAGCUCGCGCUCUUCCUCGUUGACGUGCAUCGCGAGCAAGGCAAGUGGACGGGCAAGCAGGCGUCGCCGUUCGUGCUGCUCUGCCACCUCAAGGCCCGCAACGUGUACUUGAUCGUCGGGGUCACGUGCCCCGAGCGCGCGGGCGAGAUCCAUUGCAACAAACUCGGCACGGCGUUCAAGAUGGCGGCCGCCGAGACAGGUGCCAAGUACACGCACGACGGCUUUGACACGACCGUCAUGGAGAUCCAGCUCGACGACAUCCAAGGCUUCAUCGAGCAGCUGCACAACGUCCUCGACGCCUAAUACAAUUCGACACUGCAUUUGUUAAAU